GGCGGCCGUUUAAAGGUAACCGAUUGAGCAGAACCGGAGCGGCGGAUUUUUGCACCGAAACCCCGCUUUCCCCCUCCCGCGCUCCGCCGUGUCAGUGUGACGAGACUCAGGAUUAGGUUUUUUAAGGGAGGAGACGGAAGAAAAGAGGAGGAAGGGGGGAGCCCUAAGAUUCACGCGCCUGCCUUGUAUGCUUCAGGCCCCACAUUCCCCCCCCCAUUACUUGGAGGGGCGAGGAAGACCCCCUAUUUAUCCGACAAGGAGGUGGGGAGCCGUACUGCUUCGCUGCCCUAUGUAGAAAGGAGCUCGCCCAUAUUAUUUUAGUCCCCUAUAAUUAGCAUUGAAGGAAGUUCCAGUCUUGCAAGUCAAAGGUUGUCUCUCCCCAUAAUACUCUCCCUACCUCAUUUUAAUCUUUAUUCCCUUGAUCGGUUGCAGCAAGGAAAGGGUGGUGGUGGGAGAAACCCGAGUUUUUACUAAAAACAAACCCCCCCCCCCAUAAACAUCAUUAAAGGGGGCAUCUGAAUUCAAGGGGGGGACCUUAUCCCCAGAGAGUAUUGAGGAAAAUCUUCUAGUGAUAUUUGGGAGGAAACCCGUUAGUUUCCAAUUUCAGUAUAGGAAAAAACCCAGAAUAUAUCGAAUAGGGGAAAGCCUAGAGUGCUCUUGAUAGUUUUGGGGGUCCCCUUCAUUUGGAAGAUAGAGGACCAGACGCGUUUUCAGACGAGUCGAUAUCGUUCUUCCAUUCCUUCUUUAAGAAUAUUUACUUGGGAGUUGAGUUGGUCACGCCACACGUCCCCCUCCCUACCAUUUUUACUGCAGAGCAUAAUAUUCCCGAGCAUAUUAGGUGUGGGAUCCCACAAAACUUCCCCCCCCCCCCGAGAACUACAGAGUCCAUCAAAAGGAAAGUAACCGAAAACAUCCCUUAGUAAGAGGGAGCACCCAUCUCCCUCUUAACAAGGGGGCAUUUUAGGAGAAAUGAAGGGUGUCAUUCUCAUAUCAGUGGUGGGGAGUUAAAAGCACCCCCAUUGUUUGCAGAAGGCAGGCCUGGGUAGAUUGCGUUUGUACCCAACUAUCCUUUGUUGUGGGGGGCGGUGGAAAAAACAGUCCUGACAAGUGAACCCCAACAUUAGUUGUGGGAUCCAAUAGCUUAAGGAAACCAAGAGUUUUGCUUCGUUUUGUUAGCAAGUUAUUCCUCCACUCCCUGGGGAGUGGAGAGGGUUCCCGUUUUCCUCUUCCUGCAGCGAAGUAGAACCCAUUUUUCCCUUCCCCCCCCCUUAUAGUUUGGGGCUUGGAGAAGAGAAGCAAAUAAAGGGAUGGUUUUUGCAGCAACAGGGAGAAGAGAGGGUUGGUGAGUCGGUAAAACCGGCCAGGGAAAGGUAGUGCAGGAAGAAAGGGAGGCGAUGGGUCUUGGUGGGGCGGGUGGCGACGACGGCGGCGCCCCCCGAGGGGUCCAGGUGGGGGAUUCGGACCGAGCGCGGAGAGGAGGAGGAGGAGGCGCCGCCGCCGCCGCCGCUGCUGCUGCAGAAUCUGGAGCCUGAAGGUGCUGCAUCGUUAUGAGAUCCACCGUGUACAAAGCAACCGCGGCGGCAACAACAACGACGGGGCCGGGCUUGCUGGAGUCUGGCCCGGAGGAAGAGGAGGAGCCGCCACCGCCGCAUCUUCGCCAGCCUCCGCCUCCCCCGCAGAACCAGAUCCCCGUGCCGGCCCCAGUGGCUGCUGCAGCGGCGGGCCCUAAGGGCCGGGCCAUCAUCCCGGCGGCUGCAGCCGCCGCGGCCCCUGGACAACAGCAGCAGGAAGGUGGCGUUGGCUGCUGCUGGGGCGGCCUGGUGCCCUCGCCGUGCCCGGCAGGCAGCACUCGGCAGGCGGGCGUGGGCGAUGCCGCCGGCAGCUCCCGCCCCUCCAAGUACCAGGCGGUGCUGCCCGGACACACCGCUGCUGCCGCCACCGGCGCCAAGGACGGCAAGCGCAUCGGGCCCCACGCCGGACCUGGAGGAGCUCCAGCGGCUCUUUCUCCCCCGCCUCCGCCGCUACCGUCGUCGGCUUCCGCCACGGCCGAGCCUGGACAACCUCCUCCACCCCCAGCAGCAGCGGCGGGGGGAUCUCCUGCCUCUUCGGAGCCCAGCGGCAAGUGGAAAAGCGGCAGUAGUAGCAGCAGCAGUGGUAGUGGCGGUGGGGGAAGCAGCCUUCGGAAGAGCCCCAUGGGGGCCGGCGGGGGCGCCUCCAGCCAGGCGGCCUGCCUCAAGCAGAUCCUGCUGCUCCAGCUGGACCUUAUCGAGCAGCAGCAGCAACAGUUGCAGGCCAAGGAGAAGGAGAUCGAGGAACUCAAGGCCGAGAGGGACACACUCCUUGCUCGAAUUGAGCGUAUGGAAAGGAGGAUGCAGCUGGUGAAGAAGGACAAUGAGCGUGAGAAACACAAGAUAUUUCAAGGAUAUGAAACAGAGGAGAAGGUCGAUCCUGAAGUACCAGAGAAAUUGCCUAUAGAAUGCCCACCUCAAGAGCUCCUGGACACAUCCCAGCCGCUGCCUUUGAAACACUUUUCGUAUGGAAGGAAUGGGAAGGGUCACAAACGAAAGUCUGUAUUUGGAAGUGCUGAGAGGAAAACGCCAGUGAAGAAACUGGUGGCUGAAUUCUCAAAAGUCAAGUGUAAAACGCCAAAGGCUUCUCCAUUGAAAGAGGAACCCAGCAGUUCUUUAACUGAAUCAAUUAGCAGGCGGGAGCUGCGAAGUCAGGAAACUCCUGAGAAGAUCCGAUCAUUGGGGGACACUCCACUGAAAUCCUCGGCCUCUUUGAAAGGACCUGGGUGCCAUUCAAAGGACAAGGGUUCCUGCAGUGAAAUAGAAGACUUGCCAUACCUUUCCACCACUGAAAUGUACUUGUGCCGGUGGCACCAGCCGCCUCCUUCACCUUUGCGAGAGCCUUCUCCCAAGAAGGAGGAGACUGUAGCAAUUCCAUCAUGGAGGGACCACACGGUAGAGCCUCUGAGAGACCUGAAUCCUUCGGAACUUUUAGAGAACUUAGAUGACAGUGUCUUCUCCAAACGGCAUGCAAAGUUGGAAUUGGAUGAAAAGAGGAGGAAAAGGUGGGAUAUUCAGCGGAUCCGGGAGCAAAGGAUUUUGCAGCGACUGCAGCUCAGAAUGUAUAAAAAGAAAGGAAUUCAGGAAUCUGAGCCUGAAGUUACCUCAUUUUUCCCAGAGUCAGAUGAUGUUGAAAGCUUGCUGAUCACCCCUUACUUGCCUGUUGUAGCAUUUGGCCGACCGUUACCAAAAUUAACUCCACAGAACUUUGAACUGCCAUGGCUGGAUGAGCGAAGCCGUUGCAGGUUGGAGAUGCAGAAGAAACAGACGCCUCACCGGACAUGCAGGAAAUAGGCGUGUCCAACUAGGAGAAAUUUCUGCUACGAUUGUUGUCCUGUCCUAUCUGCAGCAAAUGGCAAAGAACCAUAUAUGUUCUGUCAUGUCAGUCAGUCUUUUCCCCCUCGAUGUACAUUCUUGUUUUGCUAUAAAUAUUUUUUUAGGCUUACAUAUGAUUUCUUUCUCUUCCCCUCAAAACUCUUGACCUGUUUUCCAUUUUUUCCUUGGUAGAAAGUACUGGAGAUUUGUGUUAAGACAACAUUGGCAACUUCUGGUGCAUUUCAGUUGAGCUGUGCUGGUCAGGGGCAGCCAGCACAGUCCAUUUAGAGCAGCCUUCCCAAAUCUGGUGCCCUCCAGAUGUGUUGAACUACAAGUUCCAGCAUCCCUCAGCUAGUCUGGGGAAUGCUGGGAGUUAUAGUCCAACAUCUGGAUGGCACCAGGUUUUGGAAGGCUGAUUUAGAGACCAUGAAUGGUGAAUAAGCUUAACAAUGUAAUGAAACUGUUCUCAUUUGUAUGUUCUCACGCACAUGAAGCCCACCUCUGCUUUUAAAAACUAAUAUGAUUUUAAAAAAAUAUUUAGGCUUCUCACUAAGGGCCUUAAAAUGGAGGUGGGUAUUACCUAGCAAAGUACAUUGGGCAAACAGACAUUUCCAUUUGAGCUGUUAUUUGAAAAAGCACCCUUAUCUGGAUUCAUAUAUUUCCCUCUGCCUCAUUUUGUUCUUCAUAUGCUGCUGUGGCUUUAUUUUUUUAUGGAUCUAAUUUACCUUUUUCAUGCUUUCCGCUUCUGAUUAAAGGACAAUGGGUCAUUAAGUCUUGACUUCAUAGUACUACUAGUGAAGGGCUGCAUGCCUUGACAACUGUGUUACACUUGGCAUAACCCUGGGUUAACAAUUCAAUGCCAGCUUGUCUUCAGUUUUUUCCUGGGUUGUUUUAACAGCAAGUACAGCGAGGGCUAAAUUGUUAGCUCUUAAAAAACAGAAGACAACUUUAUACAGUCCUGUGUUCUUAAUGGAAGUGCUGAGUGUCAGAGCGGCCAGCUGGCACUUAAGGCCUGGACAACUUGGGUACUUCUGGCAUUGACAAGGGGCACAAAUAACAUCUCAAAAGUAGGCCUUGCCCUGCUACACCAAAGGCCCCAGACUAUGCCUCUUGCCUGCCAUAAAAUGGAAGAACUUAGUAGCCACCAUGUGCUUCCUUCCCCAGGUCAAGCAAAGAAACCUGGAGGGAAGAGCAGCAAUGAAAGAGGGAAAGGGUUCUAUCCUUCCACCCAAAGUGCAAGAAUUUUCUUGCAAAGGAUUGUUUCCUCCGUCUGCAUAAAAUCCAUUGCAACAGUUUGUAUAUAUCUUCAUGUUAGAAUUGAAAUUAUGCCAAUGCUCUUAGCUACAAGAAGUGAUUCCUGUGAGAGGGAACCAGCCUCCUGACCUCCCCACUUUUGUUUACAUUGAAUUCAACCAGAGUAGCAGCUGAAACAUUGGUUUGUAAUUCUGAAGCUUGGCUGACAUUUUUAAAGUAGAUCCUAGAUCUACCUUCAUCCUCUCCUGAGAACAGGGAAUUCCUUUGUAAUCCCACAUGCUCAUCUGCCUGGUCCAUACAAUUUGUAGGAAGCCGCCAUUGUGUGUAUAUGUGUGCGCUUACAGGAGCAGUGAAACUUAACGUUUUUGCAUUGAAUGAAACUUAAAGAAAAAGAAGUUCUAAGUCAUACUUUCUUGGAUUGUUGGAAAUCCCAGUGCAGGAUGAUGCCACUGUUUUUAAAUUCUAAGAAUGUCAUGUAAGGUAGACAGUUUUUCAACAAAUUUGUUUUCCUCUGCUAACCUCCAGAUACUUCCAGUAGUUGCUGCUCCACUUCUGGGCUAUGUUUCCUGGGAAUUCAAAAGGAUACUUUUUCCGCAGAAGGUAGUCUGCUCAAUGUGAAAUUCAUUAUAAGGUCAUAAGUAUGAUUUCAAGUUUGAAAUGGGAAGAACAGAGCCUCUUUUGCCAAGUAGCCUGUACAGUUGAGGUAGUGCACAAUGCUUGCCUAACUUUAUUUUAAAUACGGCUGUAUUUGGAUCUUUUGCUUUUUAGCAUGCCAGCAUGCAUCCUUAAGUGUUUUUGUCCCCUGCAGUUACAAGCCUGGAUGCAUAAAACACACAAGCCUUAAGUGGAGGCUUUUUUAAAGACAUUGAUUUCAGAGCUUGACCCUGCUAACACUUAAGCCUACUUCCUGCUCUAAAGUAAGCACAAAGCAUUUGAAAGAUUAUAGUCUUGAGUCUAGAUCCCAUUUUGUGGGGAGGAGAAAGUUUCUGCUUAGCCCAAAGCAUAUCUACUACCAGAAAUGCCGCAGUCUGUGCUCCUGAAAUACAACAGCAAAAUAUCUCCCACCCC